AUACACAAUCACAUUUUUUUGUAUUUUUCACAGCCAUUACUAUCUUAGAGUAGGCAGAAUUGCAUGUCAUGCUUUCAGCUGGUGCUUUGUAACUUAGUUUUAAAUUGCACUGUAAGAAAAAAAUGGGAACUGUCAAGUUUUCGGUAUCUGCGACCACAGAUUCGACAGAAUUCGUUGGAAUUGUUGGCAAUGCUUCAGCAUUAGGAAAUUGGCGACUUGAGGGAUCUAAAGUUCUGCAAUUCAAUGAAGAAUCUUCUAAAUGGAGCCUUGAAGUGAAAUUUGAAAAUUGUUCAAGUGUAAAAUAUAGAUAUUUUAUCGGGGAUUAUUUGCAUGACGAGAGUGAUAAUAAAACCAUGGUAGUGCGGAAUUGGGAGAUCGGUCACGGUGAUAAAGUACGAACUACUGAUAUCAUCCCAGGAAAGUCUCAGGAUGUUGAUGAUGGAAAUUUUGGUGUCGUAAACGGAAUAAAUAUUGUUGAUCAAGGUUGGCUAACUGAACAGACAGAAGUUCGUUUUAAUAUCAGUCAUACAGGAGCCAAAACGGUCGUUUCGUGGCACAAAAGUUUUGAAAAAAACGUCGGUGAAAAUCUCAUGAUUCUGUUUCAUCCUGAUAUAGAAAAUACCAGAGUUCAAACGCGGUUGAUCAAACCGUUUAAAUUUGAGACCCUCGAUGGAGGGACACCUGUGGAUUUACCCCAAAGUGGGGACGAAGUUUUGACUUUCAUCACCGAAACUGUUCAUAUCGAUUCCUUCUCGGCGCAUUUUAUUAUCUCUGAUAAGUCUAGAAAGUAUCUUGGCAGAGCUAGCGUUGUCGGCAGUAUGCUUGACAAAAGUAUUUCUUACCUAACCUUAGCGAUUUUGGAUAAUAAUGGAAAAGGUAUCGGAAGUUUAAAGAUGGAAUAUAUGGUUAUAACACCAUAUAAGAAUGAUGAAAUUACAAUGGAAAAUUCUUACGGCACCUACUGGAAAAAACGUCCUACUAUUCACAUUGGGCAUCGCGGUUCAGGGAAUUCUUUUACUGCUGAAACGAUGUCGGAUCUGUUCGAAAAUACUAUCGCUUCGUUUCAGAAAGCGGCGCUGCAUAGUGCUGAAAUGAUCGAAUUCGAUGUACAACUCACGAAAGAUAAAAUUCCUGUUGUUUUUCAUGAUUUUACAAUUUGCACGAACGUUGUUUCGAAAUUAGAACAAAGAUCAGGGUCGUUACAUGAAGUUGAAGUUCAAAGUUUAACGUUCGAUGAGUUACAAACGUACGCUACUCGGCAUAGAUCUAGAAAAACUGACACUAGAGAUCCAAAAUUCCACCAAGAUGAUCUUCAUCCGCAUUUCAGACCGUUCCCAUCCUUGCAAGAAGUAUUCGAGGCUGUCCCUGAACACGUUGGCUUCGAUAUUGAGUUGAAAUGGCCACAUUAUCAUGUGGAUAAAACUUGGUAUCAUGACGUUGGUCGUUAUUAUUACGACGCUAACGAAUUUCUAGAUCGUGUUUUUGACGUUGUUUUCAAACAUGGAGGAAGUCGCGUUAUCAUGUUUUCAUGCUUUGAAGCUAACAUUUGUACCAUGAUACGAAGAAAACAAAAUAAAUUCCCUGUCGUGUAUCUCACAAAUGGAGACAGUUCAACUGAUAUCCCAUUUAUGGAGUUAAGAAGCCGUUAUAAUCGUCUUGCAAUCCCGUUUUGUUCUUCAGAGAAUUUCCUCGGUCUUUGUACAGGUGAAAAAGACGCUUAUUCCGAUCCUACCCUCGUUGAAAAGAUUCACAAUUCAGGACUCAAGUUUUUUUUGUAUGGGGACAAUAUCUGUAAACCAGAAAAUCGUGAAAUUCUCACAAAGCAAGGAGUUGAUGGAAUUAUCUAUGAUCGAAUACAUAAUAUGUUACCAGAAACAAAAUAAGCAAUGAGAUAAAACUGAAAUAUGCAAAUAGUAAAUUUCACCAAAAAAUGUUUGCUUUUAGUUUAAAAAUUCUAAACUUUUCGAAUUAGCUAUUUGGACCUUGGGUGUCGCUGCUCGAUAACCAGAUUUGGUUCUUCGGAACUUCCCUCCCCCCCAGAAAAACUGUGUACUAUUUAUUUUCUCAUAAUUUGUGCUUGUGUGAUAUUUUUUAAAGAUUGACUCGGAUAUGUAUUUUUUGUUUAUUUAUAUAAUUUAAUCAAGAUACCAAAUCGGCUCUUCUGCUGAGAUGGAAGAUGUGGAAUGAUACUGAUUAAAUUUGUUUAUUGAUUUCCUUAGUGUUCCUAAGGCCAAUGUGCGUCCUUGACUCUUUUGUGGCUUUAGAGUAGUGGUUUCCAAACCGCAAGCCAAUUACGGACUGUGUAACGAUUUUAUAUGGCUUGUCGGACUUAGGGAAAUAGUUUAAUGCUCUAUGUUUUUACUGUUUUGUGUUCGAGAUACCGGCAGUUGUUACGGCGUUAUCACAAUUGAAGUCUGCGUAUAUUCUUAACAAUUCAAUUAUACUAAUAUCUUAAUUAUAUACACUAGUACCAGCGUUCCCUCUAAAGUGUGUGCGCGUGCACACAGCUUUCGCGCACACGCAUGGAUUUACUGCACACAGACCUAUUUCGAUGUAAUGUAACAAUGUUCUCGGUUGGCAGGUUGAGAAAGUUUGUUGUUGGCCCACCCAUUACCCGGUUAGAACGCCAAAUUUUCUACAUUGGUUUUUGCACAAAUACUAGUCAUUUCCAAAAAAGUGCGCACACACCAAAAUUUCUGCGCACACAUACUACAAAAAAUUAAAGGGAAUACUGACUGGUACUAAUAUCGGCAUUGUGGGUCGAUACCCUCUCCCGGCCCGCGAAUACCCUUCCGCUUCUAUUUUUGGCCCCCCGGUCAAUCAACUUUGGGAACCACUGCUAUAGAGCAAGGCCACAGAUUAUCAAGAUAUCUACUGUGAUCUCACAAAUGCUAAUAAGUGUGCUAAUAAGUUUAUGCAUAAUUUUGGUAAAACACUUUUAUCAAAAAAACUCUGCUAUUUUAGAAAGAUGUUUUUUAAUUUUUUUUGUAGAAAAUGAUUACCAUAAAUCUAAUGUAUUUCUUUUGUUGUCAUUGAUUAUAUCAUUUUCAUUAGUCAAAGAUUUGGAUGGGAUUUAAUUUUGUUUUUAAAUUCUUUUCAGUUCCCAAUCCAAAUGAUAGGGUUUUAACCGCUUAUAGUUACAAAGUACAGAUCUUGGAAGAAAGCAAAUAUUUGGCAAACUAAUCCCAUACCCGACAAGGACUGGUAACUAAACGAGAGGCCGUCGUUCGUCAUAUGAUUAAGCCGAUCAUGUUUCCUCUCUCCCAGGAUAAAUAUAUAAAUCCUAUCCUAUCCUAAAAGAAAGCCAGACUAGAGAUGAUAUAAUGCUGGCAUGUUGCCUUCAGUUUACUGCAGGGAUAUGCAACCUACGUCAAUAUAAUCUGGCCCGCGUCGCUUCACUGAAUUAUAGUAACAAACUUUAGCUGUUUUGUCGAUUAUAUUCUUUAUGCGAAAGAAAAAUUUGUAAACUAAAUUAUAUUAUAACGUAACAAGUAGAUAAUUCACAAUUACUC